UGGUUGCUCCAAGAGUCUUUGGAAAAGGACAGUUGAAUGCAGCCUCCGAUGUGCACAAAAGAAUGGGUUUCCAUUCAAGGUGGCCAUUGGUGGGACCUGCACCAGUGGCUGUGAGUGUGAUCAGUAUGCUCCUAGCGUGCGUGCUGUCUCCUGCAUCAUGCACAACCUGCCCUCAAAAAUGCCGCUGUGAGGACCUGCAGUUCUACUGCGACACCCAGGGGCUUAAGGCACCGCCAGAUGGUGUGGACAAGGGCGCCCUGGGGUUGUCACUACGCCACAAUAGCAUCACUGAGCUUUCCCCUGAUCAGUUCUAUGGUUUCAGUCAACUCACCUGGCUGCAUCUAGACCACAACCAGAUCACCACAGUCCAAGAGGACGCCUUUCAAGGCCUCUAUAAACUUAAGGAUCUCAAUCUGAGCUCCAAUCGAAUCACCAAGUUGCCCAACACAACCUUCAUUCACCUCAUCAAUCUUCAGAUACUGGACCUCUCCUUCAAUCAGAUGACUUCACUGGAACCAGAACUGUUUCAUGGACUGAGGAAGCUUCAGAUACUUCACCUUCGAUCAAAUUUACUUCGUACUACACCCGUUCGGGCAUUCUGGGACUGCCGGAGCCUGGAAUACCUGGGCUUGAGUAGCAACCGUCUAAGAAGUCUGGCCCGAAAUGGAUUUGCUGGGCUCAUUAAACUUAAAGAGCUCCACUUGGAGCACAAUCAGCUGACUAAGAUCAACUUGGCCCAUUUCCCUCGCCUCGUUGCUCUCCAGUUUCUGUAUCUGCAAUGGAAUAAGAUCAACAACGUAACUUGUGGCAUGGAAUGGACCUGGACAACUUUAGAGAAGCUGGACCUCACAGGAAAUGAAAUUCGUGUUCUGACACCUGAUGUGUUUCAAACGCUGCCAAAUUUAAAAAUUUUGCUACUGGAUAACAACAAACUAAGCAGCCUGGAGCCCCAAGUUUUGAACAUGUGGCAGUCUUUGAGUACAAUUGGGCUGUCCAGCAACUUUUGGGAAUGUACCAAAAGGAUCUGCUCUCUGGCCACAUGGCUAAGCACCUUUAAGGGAAGGUGGGAACACUCCAUUCUCUGCCACAGUCCUGAAUAUGCUCAAGGUGAGGAGAUACUAGAUGCCGUUUAUGGAUUCCAGCUCUGCCAGAAUUUUUCAGCACCUGUCAUUCAGACCAUGAGUACAACCACAGACAUGUCAACGGCUUCAGAGAUGACGAGCUCCUUGUUUGGAAUUAUGCAGCCAACCCCUACGCAGGACUAUGCAGUGGAAUUUGGGAGCUUUACCAUCGUCACUACCACCACAACCACAACACAAACACCACACACUGCUCAAGCAACUACUGCUUUGCUGGAAGAGGCAGCUGUAACAGAGGACUUAUCAGCUUUGGACAACACUGUCAUGACUCAUAGGGUUAUCAUUGGAACUAUGGCCCUACUGUUUUCAUUCUUUUUCAUCAUUUUUGUUGUGUAUAUCUCACGGAAGUGCUGCCCUCCCACCCUGCGGCGGAUACGUCACUGUUCAGCUAUUCAGAACCGCAGACAGAUGAGGACCCAGCAGCGACAGCCAAUGGCAGACCUAGCCACACAGGUACCCUAUAAUGAGUAUGAGCCCAGCCAUGAAGAAGGGGCACUUGUAAUCAUCAAUGGCUAUGGGCAGUGCAAGUGUCAGCAACUGCCUUACAAAGAGUGUGAAGUAUGAACUCUUAUUUAUUCCUUGGCUGUAAAGGUUUGUCAUUUGACCAUUUCAGAAGAUACAGGGUUUGCUUUUUUUAUUUGUUUUCAGUUUAUGUAAAAACCCUAAUUUCUACAAGUGAGAAAUGAGAAUAUGUGACAAAUGCCUAAUGCUACAAAGAUAAGAGGUUGGACAGUAAAAGAAUGAUGUAGAG